UUUUCUUCCCUUUCCCCCCCUUUCCUUUUCUACCCCGAUUUUUUCCUCUGAGAUCCCGGUUUUGUCAAUUAGAGCCCCUGAACUUCUCUGGGAUUUCAGGUGAGGCACGCGUGUGUAGUGUGUGGUGCUUCUUCAUUUUUUUAUUGCCUAUCAUGGCUCACGCGGCCUCCCAAUUGAAGAAGAAUCGGGGGGAAGUGGAUGUGAAUGCAAUAGAGGACGAGAAGGAGAAGCGGAGGAAGAGCAGGAGAGCAGCGUCCCGGGAACAAAAGAGAAAGUCUGACAGCAAUGCCAGUUACCUGCGAGCUGCCCGGGCAGGGAACCUUGAAAAGGUCCUUGACUACCUCAAGUCUGGGGUUGAGAUCAACAUUUGCAAUCAGAAUGGUCUGAACGCUCUCCAUUUAGCCUCCAAGGAGGGGCAUGUAGAGGUUGUUGCUGAGCUGCUGAAGCUCGAAGCUGCUGUGGAUGCAGCCACCAAGAAAGGAAACACUGCUCUGCACAUAGCCUCGCUGGCUGGCCAAACGGAAGUGGUCAAAGAGCUCGUCACAAAUGGAGCCAAUGUCAACGCACAAUCUCAGAAUGGCUUCACUCCUCUGUACAUGGCCGCCCAGGAGAAUCACCUGGAGGUGGUACGGUUUCUUCUGGAGAACAACGCCAGCCAGAGUAUGGCCACUGAGGAUGGCUUCACUCCUUUGGCGGUGGCCCUCCAGCAGGGCCAUGACCAGGUGGUCUCCCUGCUGCUGGAGAACGAUACAAAGGGCAAGGUACGCCUACCUGCCCUGCACAUCGCUGCCCGCAAGGACGACACCAAGGCCGCGGCCCUGCUCCUACAGAACGACCACAACGCGGACGUCGAGUCCAAGAUGAUGGUGAAUAGAACAACAGAGAGUGGCUUCACCCCCCUCCACAUCGCUGCUCACUAUGGUAACAUUAACGUGGCCACGCUUUUGCUGAACAGAGGAGCUGCUGUGGACUUCAUGGCUCGGAAUGACAUCACACCGCUUCAUGUGGCAUCAAAAAGGGGCAACAGCAACAUGGUCAAGUUGCUGCUGGACAGAGGGUCCAAAAUUGAUGCAAAGACCAAGGAUGGUCUGACACCUCUUCACUGUGGGGCGAGGAGCGGGCACGAGCAGGUGGUAGAAAUCCUACUAGACCGAGGAGCUCCUUUCCUGUCUAAGACCAAGAACGGGCUGUCGCCGCUGCACAUGGCCACUCAGGGGGACCACCUGAACUGCGUCCAGCUCCUGCUCCAGCACGACGUGCCGGUGGACGACGUCACCAAUGACUACCUGACAGCGCUGCACGUCGCUGCACACUGUGGUCACUACAAGGUGGCCAAGCUCAUCGUGGACAAGAAGGCCAACCCGAAUGCCAAGGCUCUGAAUGGUUUCACACCACUUCACAUUGCCUGCAAGAAGAACAGAGUCAAAGUGAUGGAGCUGUUGCUGAAACAUGGAGCGUCUAUCCAGGCUGUCACUGAGUCUGGCCUGACGCCCAUCCAUGUGGCAGCUUUCAUGGGGCACGAGAACAUUGUCCAUGCACUGACGCACCACGGAGCAUCACCCAACACGACCAACGUACGAGGGGAGACAUCUCUCCACAUGGCAGCCAGGGCAGGCCAGGCAGACGUAGUCCGAUACCUGCUCAAGAACGGAGCCAAGGUGGAGACCAAGUCCAAGGAUGACCAGACAGCGUUGCACAUCGCCAGUCGGCUGGGGAAAGUCGACAUUGUCCAACAGCUGCUGCAGUGCGGCGCCUCUGCCAACGCUGCCACCACCUCAGGCUACACCCCCCUUCACCUGGCUGCCCGCGAAGGACACCAAGAUGUUGCUGCCAUGCUGCUGGAUAACGGAGCCUCGCUGUCCUCCUCGACUAAGAAAGGGUUCAGUCCCCUGCAUGUGGCAGCAAAGUACGGCAAGAUGGAGGUGGCCAGUCUCCUCCUGCAGAAGAGAGCGGCGCCUGAUGCUGCUGGGAAGAGUGGGCUAACUCCACUGCAUGUAGCCGCUCACUACGAUAAUCAGAGAGUGGCACUGCUGCUGCUGGAUCAGGGAGCUUCCCCACACGCUGCCGCCAAGAAUGGCUACACGCCUCUCCACAUCGCUGCCAAAAAGAACCAAAUGGAUAUUGGGACCACACUGCUGGAGUACGGCGCCGAUACCAAUGCGGUGACGCGGCAGGGCAUCAGCCCCAUUCACCUGGCAGCGCAGGAGGGCAGCGUGGACCUGGUGUCACUGCUGCUGACCAAGAACGCUAACGUCAACGUGUGCAAUAAGAGCGGACUUACACCACUUCACUUAGCAGCGCAGGAGGACAAGGUCAAUGUUGCAGAAGUCCUUCUCAACCACGGCGCUGAUGUCAACCCACAAACAAAGAUGGGUUACACUCCACUGCACGUGGCUUGUCAUUAUGGCAAUGCAAAGAUGGCAAACGUCCUGCUGCAGAACCAUGCAAGAGUCAACGGAAAAACCAAGAACGGGUACACUCCUCUCCACCAGGCAGCCCAGCAGGGCCACACCCACAUCAUCAACCUGCUGCUUCAGCACGGUGCCUCGGCCAACGAGCUCACCGUGAAUGGGAACACUGCCCUGUCCAUCGCCCGUCGCCUUGGAUACAUUUCUGUUGUGGACACUCUGAGGCCCAUGACGGAUGAAAACCUGUCCACCAUGAGUGCAUCAGAAAAACACAAAAUCAACGUUCCAGAGACGAUGAAUGAGUUCCUCGACAUGUCCGACGAUGAAGUCCGGGCCAAUGUGCCAGAAACUCUCAAUGAGGAGUCUUUUUCAGAUGUUGAAGAAGGUGAGGAUGCGAUGACCGGGGACACGGACAAAUAUCUGCGGCCUCAGGACCUCAAGGAGCUGGGGGAUGACUCUCUCCCUCAGGAGGGGUACAUGGGCUUCAGCAUAGGAGCCCGCUCAGCCAGUUCGGAUAGGUCCAACACACUCAACCGGAGCUCCUUCGCACGGGACAGUAUGAUGAUCGAAGAGAUUCUGGCGCCUACAAAGGACACGCUUCAGAGUGUCUGUAAAGACAUUUCCUACUUGGUUGACCCACUAAAUAAGCACCUGGCUGUGACCAGAGACUACAGCUCGGAGUGUAUGCGGCGCUACAGCUGGACUCCGGACACCAUGGACCACAGCCACAACACUGUGUCCAGCCCCAUUCACUCUGGCCUCUCCUCCCCGCUCCCUCAGUAUGACUCCAGGUUCUUGGUCAGCUUCAUGGUGGAUGCGCGCGGUGGUUCCAUGAGAGGCAGCCGCCACAACGGCAUGCGAAUCAUCAUUCCUCCCAGGAAGUGCACAGCGCCCACACGCAUCACCUGCCGCCUGGCCAAAAGGCACAAGCUGGCCUACCCCCCACCCAUGGUGGAGGGAGAGGGACUGGUGAGCCGGCUGGUGGAGGUCGGACCAGCUGGGGCGCAGUUCCUCGGGCCUGUAAUUGUGGAGAUCCCUCAUUUUGGGUCAAUGCGGGGGAAAGAGAGGGAGCUGAUUGUGUUGAGGAGUGACAAUGGUGACACGUGGAAGGAGCACCAGUCCGACGCCAGACCAGAAGACCUCAUCGAGCUGCUUACUGGAAUGGAUGAAGAGCUGGACAGUCCUGCUGAGUUGGAGAAGAAGCGCAUUUGCCGCAUCGUCACCAGCGAUUUCCCUCAGUAUUUUGCUGUGGUGUCGAGGAUCAAGCAGGAGUCGAACCACAUGGGGCCUGACGGGGGCAUGCUGUCCAGCUCCACGGUGCCCAUGGUGCAGGCCUCGUUCCCGCAAGGCGCACUCACCAAGAGGAUCCGUGUUGGCCUGCAGGCUCAGCCUGUGCCAGAUGACAUGGCGAGGGCGGUCCUUGGGAACAGAGCCACCUUCAGCCCCAUCGUCACUGUCGAGCCCAGGAGGAGGAAGUUCCACAAGCCGAUCACUAUGACCAUCCCUGUCCCACCUCGAUCGGCAGAAGGCCAUCCCAGCGGCCACCGGGGUGACGCCGCACCCUGCCUGCGUCUGCUCUGCAGCAUCACAGGAGGGACGUCCCCUGCCCAGUGGGAGGACAUCACAGGGACCACACCACUGUCCUUUGUAACCGACUGCGUCUCCUUCACCACAAAUGUGUCGGCCAGGUUCUGGCUCGCAGACUGUCACCAGAUUCCUGAGACGGUGAGUCUAGCGUCUCAGUUAUACCGGGAACUGAUCUGCGUGCCGUACCUGGCCAAGUUUGUGGUGUUCGCCAAGAUGAACGAUGCUAUUGAGGCUCGGCUGCGCUGCUUCUGCAUGACGGACGACAAGGUGGACAAAACCCUCGAGCAGCAGGAGAACUUUGAGGAAGUGGCCCGGAGCAAAGAUAUUGAGGUUCUUGAGGGCAAACCUAUCCAUGUGGACUGCUAUGGCAACCUGUCUCCUCUCACCAAAAGUGGGCAGCAGCUGGUUUUUAACUUCUACUCCUUCAAGGAAAACAGGCUUCCUUUCAACGUGAAGAUCAGAGAUAUGGGCCAGGAGCCAUGUGGCCGACUCUCCUUCCUGAAAGAGCCAAAAUCCAGUAAAGGCCUUCCACAGACUGCCAUAUGCAAUUUGAAUAUCACACUGCCAACCCACAAGAAGGAUAUGGAGUCUGAUCCUGAUGAUGAGACUGAAAAGCCAGAACGACGUCAUACCUUUGCCUCCUUAGCUUUGCGUAAGCGCUACAGCUAUUUGACCGACCCAGCAGCGAAAACAUCUGAUCGAAGCUCGCCGAGAACACAGCCUUCUAGCUACCCUCACAAACCUGUCUUUUCAACGAGAUCUUAUCAGGCGUGGUCGCCUGUUCCUGUCGCCGUCCCUGGUCAAGCCAAGUCUGGGUUUGGCUCCCUCUCCAGUUCGUCAUCCAACACGCCCUCUGCCUCUCCAUUAAAGUCUGUCUGGUCCAUCAACUCUGCCUCCCCCAUCAAGACCAACAUCCCCGGAUCACCUGCCUCUUCUGUAAAAUCAGUUAGUGACAUGGCCUCUCCCAUCCGAUCUUACAGAACCAUCUCCUCUCCUAUAAAAACUGUAGUCCAGCAAGUCCAGUACCCAGUCCAGGUCAGCCCCCUGGCCUCACCAUGUAAAAGCGCCCCAGAUCCUAUGUCUAUGAAAGGACUGGCAGCGUUGUCUGCUAGGACCUCCCCAAUAACUGUCUCUGGAGGAGGAAGCCCUCUUCUUGAGAGAGCAUCAAUAAACAUGACCCCACCAACCUCUCCCAAAUCUUCUCUGAGUAUGUUCAGUUCACCCCUGCCAUACAAGACCGUUAUGGGAGGCUCUAGUGGGACAGCAUCUUCCUCCUCACCCAUAAAAACAGUCCCCGGUCUCUCUUCUGUGCGUUCCUUUGCUGCAGACGUCACUGGCCCUGCAAGAAACCUGUUCUCCUCUCUUACGUCGCCACUUAAAUCCAACAACCCUCCAAGUGCCGCAGCUCUAAUCAAUGGAACUGUGUCGCCCACGCAGUACCGCUCCUCAUCCCCAACAUCUCUUCUCACAAGCAGUCUUCAAGAGAGGAUACAAGCAACCACCAAUGCUGCAACGACUAGUGUCAAUGCAGCCUUUGAUGAGGUCGAGAAAACAUUUAAUUCUUGUUCUGCAGGCUAUGGCACCUUAAAGUCCAUGUCCUCAUCAGCAUCCUCCUCAUAUCAGUCCAUUAGAUCGUCUGCUUCUAACUCCCUGUACGCCUCUCUAAGAUCCCCCCCCAACGCUCCCACUCCUGUAACAUCCAGUACAGUGACUGUUCCAGUGUACUCUGUCAUCAAUGUGCUGCCAGAGCCCCAGUUUAAAAAGUUACCUGAGGUUUCCAGGUCAACUGCUGCUCUUCUGUCCCCGCGGAAGACGGUGCCUGCUGAGGUGAAUGCUCAGAUGCAGUCUUCCUUUGCCAGAACUCUUUCCCCCAUCAAAUCCCCUCAUUUUCCAGCUGGCCUGAAAUCAAACACCACAUCGCCCCUGUCGUCCAGCCAAGAGAUUUUGAAGGAUGUAGCCGAAAUGAAAGAGGACUUGAUACGAAUGUCCGCCAUUUUGCAGACAGACCCGAAUUCCACAGCCAAUAAAGGUUUUCAGUCUGAUUCUUCCAAAGAGGCUAAGAUAGAGGACGAGGAGCCAUAUAGGAUUGUGGAGAAAGUAAAACAAGAUCUGGUUAAAGUGAGCGAAAUCCUUACUAAAGAUGCUGUGAAGGAUGGUAGGGUUUCUCUUGCAAGGGGCUCUUUGGAUGACAUACACUUCUCAAAAGUACAAGUUGAACAACCACCGAGCAACUGGAGCUAUCCACCGAGAUAUGAGACUGUCGUUCCCCAAGUCAAAUCAAAAACAAUACCAGAUAGAGAUUUCAAUCUCUCCAAAGUGGUCGACUACUUGGCUAAUGAUGUUGGGAGCAGCUCUUUCUCCAAAAUGCAUGACCCAAAGCAUAAAGCAGAUGAGGGCAAGAGAGAAUGUGAGGGCAAGGAGAAGCAGAAACGUGUCCUAAAACCUACCAUGGCAGUUCAGGAGCAUAAGCUCAAAAUGCCUCCAACAAACAUGCGCUCUUCAGCUUCAGACAAAGAGAUCAGUAAAGUAGCAGAAGCUCUUUUUGGAGCAGACACUGUGCUAGACUCCCCUGAUGACAUCUCACAUGAACAGGAUAAAAGCCCCCUCUCAGACAGUGGCUUUGAGACCCGCAGUGAAAGGACACCCUCUGCUCCUCAGAGUGCAGAAGGCAUGGGUCCAAAAGCCCUUUUUCAGGAUAUCCCAGUUCCCCCAGUGAUUACUGAGACUAGGACUGAGGUUGUUCAUGUCAUCAGGAGUUAUGAGCCCCCUGAGGAUAACAAACAACCUGCAAUGGAGGAUGGACAUCCUGUCAGAUAUAUUGAUUUAGAUUCUAAGGGGCAUCAAGCUACAUUAAGUCCAGAUCACAAUAAAUGCCAUUCGAUAAAAGUCAGCCCUGAUGAGGAUCCAUCGGGGAAAGGGAUGAGGGUGAAGGAGGAGACUCACAUCACUACCACCACCAGGAUGGUUUAUCACAAACCACCUGGCAAAGAAGCAGCAUCGGAGAGGUGUGAGGAGACUAUGUCUGUUCAUGACAUAAUGAAGGCUUUUCAGUCAGGCAAGGACCCGUCUAGAGAGCUGGCCGGACUGUUUGAACACAAGUCUGGCAAUGAGGAAACAUCACAAAGAGUCCUUGAGGACAUCAACUCCAAACCUAAGGUCGAGAGAAUAAUUGAGGUUCACAUAGAAAAGGGCAAUAAGACAGAACCAACAGAGGUCAUCAUCAGAGAGACAAAAAACCAUGCAGAGAAAGAAAUGUAUUACUACCCAGAGAACAGACAGGAAGAUGAGGAGCCUGAAGAAUCACUUCCAGUGUACCUUGAUUCCCCCAGAGUGAACACACCCAUGUCACAAGAGGAAGACAGCCGCCCUAGUUCAGCACAGCUCAUGGCAGAUGACUCUUACAAAACACUAAAGCUACUUAGCCAGCAAUCUGUAGAAUACAAUGAGGACGAAUCAUCAGAGCUUAGGGGAGAAUCGUAUAAUUUUGCAGAGAAAAUGCUACUCUCUGAGAAGUUCGACCAGUCUCAUUCUGACACAGAGGAAUAUCUGAGAGAUAGGUCUCGCUUCCAUUCGCCAGACAGAAGCAGUCACAGUGAGGGUAGAUCGGUUGGGCCUAGGACAGAGUAUGUCUUUAGGUCGUCGAGAAAUGUGUUUGACAAAUCUGGAAGAAUGGCCAAUGUUGAUGAUAACUUUGACAAACUGACACUUUUGCAGUAUUCGUCUGAGCCUGGUAGCCCGAAGCAAUCAGUUUGGAUGCGUGUGUCAGAUGACACACAGAGUAAGGACAGAGGACAGCUUGUGUAUGAGGACAGGGUGGACAGGACUGUAAAGGAGGCAGAGGAAAAACUCAGUGAGGUAUCUCAGUUCUUUCGUGAUAAAACAGAACAGCUAAAUGAUGAGCUCUCGUCUCCAGAGAAGAAAUCUCGAAGACCAGACUUCAGAGAAUCACGAUCGGGGCCGAGUUCUACACACAGCAGUCCAGAGAGAUCAGCUUAUAGGAAUGGGGGUAGUGGGGAAGAAUGGAGCAGAGAAAGGCUAAGAGACAGGUUCAGCUCCAGUGAUAGAAAGUGUGCCAGCUUGCCCAGUAGUCCAGAGAGGAGAGUAUUGCUCCAGUACAGUGAUUCGGACCCCAGAAAACAAGGAGAUGGUAAAUCACAGGGAAACACAGGUGAAAGCCCCAAACCUUUUCAAAUGUCUUCCUCCAAAGUCAGUGCUGUGAGACUAAAGUUUGAGCAAGAGGCUCAAAGGCAAGAUAGGGGUCCUCAGGGUGGCCAAAAUUCAAAUCCUCCUAUCAGGAAACUCCAGGAAAGUAAGCUACCUGUUUAUCAGGUAUUCGCUGGUCCAAACAUUCCAAAAACACCAGACAGUCCAGGAAACCAGAGGAGACACGAGGCCAGUGGAAGAGAUCAGGAAGAGAAAAAGUUAUUCAAAACGUGGGAAAGCCAAGACUAUGGGAGCUAUAAACCCCAAUCUCCCAAACUAUCUCAGUCUUUAAUCCAUGAUUCCAUUAAAGAUGGCAAUAAUAGUGAUUCCCAAAGACAAGAAACCACAAAGAAAAUAAUCUACACAGAAUUCGUCGUCCAUGAAAGUCCAAAUAGCAAUGAUAGUCUAAAAAAAAACUCGGAAUCGCAAAUUCCUGUAAGAAAGCCAUCUAAUUUCCCCGAAAAUCAAAAAUCCACCACUUUAAAAUUAGAUGCCUCCAUUGAACCACAUGAGAGGGCAGGGUCUCAUAUACCUACUUUAGCUAGAAAUCGGUUACACAGUAGCUCUGAUUCCAACAAGUCUACUCGUGGAUCAUCACUAGGAAAAUCCACAGACUCAUCAGAAGGUAGCCUGUCAAAUGUAGUGUGUAACGGCAUUGAUAGUGACCAAGUAGAGUAUUUGGACGACAUUACUCCUGUCGUUGUCACAGAGGGUUUCAAAGAUAUUAAACCCUUACCUGUGUAUGUUAGUAUCCAAGUAGGAAAGCAGUAUGAGAAAGAAACUGCCUCGGGACAGCUGGGAACGUACAAAAAGAUAGUAAGCCACGAGAGUAGGACAGUGCAUGAGACAAGGGGGGCCUUUUACACUGUCAAGCAAAAGCAGUCUCCAUCUCCUCAAGGAAGUCCAGAAGACGACACUCUAGAGCAAGUGACUUUCAUGGACAGCUCUGGGAAAAGUCCUGUUACCCCCGAGGCCCCCAGCUCAGAGGAAGUGAGUUUGACCUCGAGAACGCCAGAAUCUGUGAUAGGCUUCAUGCCUGGCAUGCCAAGCCCUAUCCCAGAGGAGUCUGAGGAGGAAGACGGGAAGACCUUCAUCUACAAGGGGCCCUCAAAGGAAAAAUCUAAGUCAGAGACUCACAGUAGAAAACAGGAUGCAGAGAGACAGAAGUCAAAGGAGAAAAGAGUGGCUUAUAUAGAGUUUCCACCUCCUCCUCCUUUAGAGGCAGAGCAGUCUGACCCAGAGAAAAGGGGGUCAUGUGCCUCGUCCGAGGCAGAGACGGAGAUGAUGGAGGUGAACCUCCAAGAGGAGCAUGAUAGGCACCUCUUAGCUGAGCCAAUUAUCAGGGUCCAGCCUCCAUCCCCUAUUCCCCCUGGAGCUGAUAACAGUGACUCCAGUGACGAUGAGUCUGUCUUCCAUCCCAUCCCUGUCAAAAAGUACACCUUCAAAAUAAAAGAAGAGGGAGAGAAUAACACAAAACCCAAGAAAUUAGGGAAGAAUGGAAAUAAGGAUUCUGGGAUCAAUGGUGUUGUAAAGGAGGAGGAUGUUGACUUUGAACAAAAUGGCAAUGAUCAGUCAAUCACUGACUGCUCCAUAGCCACCACUGCUGAGUUCUCCCAUGACACAGAUGCUACUGAAAUAGACUCUUUAGAUGGGUAUGACCUUCAGGAUGAGGAUGACGGACUAAGCGAGGACCCUAAAACAUCUAGUCUGUCCAACGAGGGAAAAACAACGGACCGGUCAUUUAGUCAGUCUAAGCUUGAAGUGAUCGAGGAAGAGAAAUGUGAGGAAGGGGGGGAUAAUGGAAAGACUAAAACCAACACUUCUUCAGCUAGUGGAGAUGAAAAGGAUUAUACCCUCGAAGGAAGACAUCCAGAUAGGCAGACCUUUGCAGAGAACUACUUUGGCUACCAACUUGAGGAGGAGCUGAACUCAACCUUUAAAACUGUUGCCACCAAAGGUCUGGACUUUGACCCUUGGUCCACCAAAGGGAGUGAUAAUGAUGGAGUUUAUGAGUCAAAAACAAAAGAUGAGGAUCCCAAGCCCUUUGGUUUAUCGGUGGAGGACAAAUCACAGGCUACAACACCUGACACAACCCCCGCUCGAACACCGACUGAUGAGAGCACACCGACUAGUGAGCCUAACCCCUUCCCUUUCCAUGAAGGGAAGAUGUUUGAGAUGACCCGCAGUGGUGCUAUUGACAUGAGCAAGCGGGACUUUGUUGAAGAGAGGCUUCAGUUUUUCCAGAUUGGUGAGCAUUCCUCUGACCCUAAAACAGGGGAAAAGGGGAGAGGGGGCAAGAACCCGGGGGUAAUUUCCUCUCAGUCAGGGGAGAGGGCCACAGUAGAUGGGAAGGUGAAAGUUGUAGAUACUACCACAGACAGCAGCACAACACCAGCAGCAACAACAGCAAAAUGCAGCACUGCACAGCCUGGUGAGACUGGCUAUACCGGUACCGAUGCCCCCACCUGUGAAGCCAUAGCUGAGACCGCCUCCUCAUGCACAAUCACAGCCUCUAAGGUUGAUCCCAAAUUACGCACUCCUAUUAAGAUGGGCAUAGCUGCCUCGAUAACUGUGAAAAAAGACUCAGGGGAUCUCACCGAUUGUAAAGCGGAGCUGUCAGAGGGUCAGAUGGUGCCAGAAUACAUCAGUAUAGAGGGUCAGUGUGCAGAGAGCCAGUCUAGCAGACGCCCUGAACCAAAGGUAGAGAGAAGAGAUUACCCUUCUGAGAACUGCAACAACAACAAUAACCUUGAGUCCUCAAGCGUUCAGGCCAACUACAUUCAGUGUGGAAGUGUGGUGUUUAAUUUGCAGUCCUCCUCCGAGCCCACUCUUCAAAAAGCUAGCAGGAUAGAAACACUGUGCUGUAGGGAUAUAGAAGAGAGAGUGGAAGUACACCAUAGCAGCCAAGUUCAGGAGCAGAAAAGUGAAACCAGUAAAGAAAUUGAAGUGAAGCAGCCCAAGUCGAGGCUUCCAGUUAAAGCAUCAGGGUGGUCAUUUCACACGCAGGGAACAGCCAUAGGCAAACAGAAGCCCAAACAAUCGGUGACAGUUGAGGUCAGGAAACGAGGAGAGCCAGCCAUAGCCAAAGUAGAACCCAGGUCUAGAAUACCAGUCAAGGAUGUUAAAAAGAGUAGCCCUGCUGCCACAGCUGGCUCACUUGUUUCAGUUCGGGUUACCUCACAGCCAACCAGGGCAUUGGACACAGGGAGAGCAGCCAUACAGUUGCCCUCAAGGCUACCACUGAAGGACAGGCAUCAGGUCAGCAAUGUCACAAAGGAGGGAGCAUGUAGACAGGACAGGCAGGAGAACCCUAGUGAGAUUUGUAAGCGCACCAUCGAAUACUUUAAAGGCAUUAGCGGGGAGACGCUAAAGUUGGUGGACCGCCUGUCAGACGAGGAGAAAAAGACGCAGACAGAGCAGUCGGAGGAAGACAGCACCUCCCGGAGCACCUCUCUGUCGGACGCCUCCCAGCCUUCCCAGCCCUCCCAGCCCUCCCGCUCAUCCAGGUCUGGUAGAGGUUCGAGGGCUGAGGCCGGGGCCGCGUCCGUAAGGGCAAAGGUGGCGACGACGGACAGGGCCUCCGGCAGUGAGAGGAGCAGGAGGAGUAGGCGGACUGGUGGGAAGGAGGGCAGUCAGGGACUCACAGGGUCUCGAACGCCUCCCAUCGCGGAGAUCAAGCCUAGUCCCCAGAGUCCUUGUGAGCGAACAGACCUUCGCAUGGCUAUCGUUGCAGAUCACCUGGGACUCAGUUGGACUGAGUUGGCCCGGGAGAUGAACUUCACAGUGGAUGAGAUCAACCACAUCAGACUAGAGAACCCCAACUCUCUGACAGCACAGAGCUUCAUGCUACUUAAGAAAUGGGUCAGUCGGGAAGGAAAAAACGCCACAACGGAUGCCUUAACUUCAGUGCUGACCAAAGUCAAUCGGAUGGAUAUUGUGACUUUACUGGAGGGCCCAAUAUUUGACUAUGGUAACAUUUCAGGCACGAGAUGUUUUGCCGAUGAUAACGCUGUUUUCCGGGAUCAGGCUGAUGAUUAUCAGAGCAUUCUAGCGGAGCUGCAGUCCCCCGCCGCACUGCACUCCAACCCCCACUUCUUGGAGCCAGAACUCCCCGUCACCCCCAACCCUUCCCUUGCCCACCACCAGCAGCACCAUUACCCAGAACCAGACACCCCUUUGCUGGCCGACUCCCAGCCUCAGCCCCCGCCCUGGAGCCCGGAGGUAGAGCCAGGUAGCGGAGAGCCAGACAGCCCCCCUAGGAGCCCUCCCAGACCCUGUGAGCUCGCCCUCCCCGUCCCAAUCUUUGUACUCCCCGAUCCCAUUCCUCCCAAGGUAGGCAAGCCCCACAUCGCUCUGAACGACCAGCUGCUUUUGAGCGAGGAGGAAGACAGGUCUUUUAAAGAAAUGGAGCUGAGCCACAAGCCCAAGUCCCACUCCCUCCCUGCGAUGUGCGAGUUAGACAUUGACAUGGCGUACUCCACAUCUUCCCCUUCACUCUCAUCAGUAUCAUCAAUAACCCCAUCAUCGCCCGACAGAGCACAAAUAGGAGAUGGAGGAGUACAGAUGAGUCCCACCAAUGGAGUACAAGAGGAUGUAGGUUUGAAUGUAGGUGAAAAGGAAGUGACAGAGGAAAAAGAGAAGGUUGUUGAGAUGGUCGCAGCAGAGUUAUCAGAGGGAAAUGGAUUUGUGGAAAAGUGGGUAGAGCAGGACUUGAUUAAAAAUGUGGAAAGAAAGUGUGAGAUGAUAACAAAAGAUAGGUCUCCGCUGGCAGAGGAGAAUAACAUUUUGGCGGAACAGAAAGAGAAAGAUGUGAUAAAUGAUGGGAAUAAGUGGGCAGCCUGCGAGGUGGAGGAGGUGAGAGAUGUGCAGAAUCUGUCAGGAGAACAGCAAAAUCUGAUAGAAAUUGGGUUUGAAGUGGAAAGAUGUUGUACUGUAAUAGAAGCAGAGACCGUUAAAGAGAGUGUUGAUGAAGCAGCUGAGGUUCAAAGCGUUGAUGGGGGCAGUGAGGAAAGGGUUUGCCAGGGUGAAGAGGAUGACACACAUGGACAACUGCAGUUGAAAGAUGAAGAAGAGUUGUGUGGCAAUGAAAAAGGUAUUUGCGGGUCAUCAGAAGGAGACCAGGCAGCCGAGGACCAGGCCGUAACUCGCCUCUCCCCUCAGGCGUGGGUUGAGGCACUUGAGGAGCGUCAGCCCAGUGAGUCUGAAUCCAAUGAGGAAGAGCAGGAGGGAAACGGAGACAAAGAAAUCCCAGAAGAGGCAUUGGGAUCUCUGGUGGAGGAGGUGGAGAAAGAAGAAGGCUCAGAGGUGAAGGAGGAGGACCAAGAGAUGACCGAGGCCAACUUUCAGCAGAUUCAUGAUCAGGUUGAACAGGCAGAAAAAGAAGUGUGUUCACUUUCAGGUUGGCACAGUGAUUCAUCCAGUGUCAAUGUGGAACCACCAACGCCAGGCCGCAGUGUCAGCUCAGACCUGCUCGACAGGCGGGAAAGCCAAGAGAACUCUAGUGACUCCAUCACUUCCUCAUCCAGGGGAGAAUCAGGGAGGUCCCGAACAAACGGCAACAACUCAAAGCACUCACCUCAGGACCGCUCAUCGGAAUCAUCGAACGGCAGAAAGGAAGAGGGAGCACUGGUGUCGGAGAAAAAAGUCCAGGGAGAAGAAGCAAAGAAUAUCCCUGGCGAGUCUGUGACUGAGGAACACUAUAUGGACCACGAUGGUAACCUCGUCAGUAGAAAAGUGAUCAGGAAGGUUAUUCGACGGGUGUCUACUCCCACACCAGAAAACCAAGGAGGUGACAGGUGGCACCCAGACCUUCAGCUCAGUCACACUCUGCAGGACGAUUGGUCUGAGCAAGGGGAAGGGUCACGGAAUAGCCGGCGAAAGGAUGACAGAAGAUCAGGGGAUAAAAAGCUCCACUCAUAGGGAUGGUUGUGCUCUACCAGAUUUACAGGAACCAAGUUAGAUGUUUCCUGGGAACAUGUGUUCAGAGGGCUAGAGAGCUCCAGUGUGAGGACUUCAGGGUCCAUUCUGCAACUAUCUGCUUCAAACAAACGGUUUUAACGAGAGAGGAGUCGACCCUUCUGACUUACGCAUGAGCAUGAAAAACUCACUUCCUGUCAACGAAAGCACCGGGAGGUUCUCACUUUCAGACUGUGGUGGACACGUGGACAUUGAAUUCUGCUUCCUGUUUUGUGUGAAACAAUACGUGCCAUCGGUCCACUGGUGUUGUGAGAGAUUUUUCUUUCUUUUGAGGAGCAUCGUUUGUUGUGAAAACGAUAAAAGACUCCAUUACAUGACAACCACACGGGUGCAACUGUGACCAAAGAUGGCACAAGAGCUCAAUCCACACGGUGGGUGGAAAGAAUGAAGUAGACACAAUAACACAAAAAAAAAUCUAAUGGAACACUUCUGAUCCAAGUUCAACACUCGCCUUAUAGUUUUUUCUUGAACCCAUUGUUGUCAGGAUGUAAAUUGUUUUGGGAUUUUUUUUUCUUCCUUUUUAAAACUUAAACUAACACAAAAGCUUUUUUCUGUAUAUAAAACUACAAUGUGUAAAAUUCUUAAAAAAGGGGUAAGCUACUGGUUGAGAACGCACUGAGGAGAAUAACCUUUUCAAAGUGCUUUCGAAAUUUAUUGAAACGGUUCCACUUUUAAAGAUUUGAGUGUAAACUUCACAGGUUCUUGUAUAAUUAAUUAUUAGAGCAGGUAUAAUGUUUGUACAUGAAAAAAAUGCUGGUUUGAUUUUAACAGAGGAAAUUUCCAGAAAAAAAUCAAAUUUCAGUAAUUCCCAAAGUGGGAAUGGAUUUAAUCCUACAAAAAGCAGCCUUUCAGAGUACUCAUAUUUUCAUGCAUGCUGUUCACAUUAUUUUAAGUACAAUUUUUACAAGUUUGCAAACACUGUAUUCAAAUGACAAAUAAAACCCUUUAUCUGUGUACACAUAUAGCCCUAACAUUUGUCACCGAUUUUAUAUUUUAAAUUGAAAGGGGAUACCAUUAAAACAUUUAUCAUGUCGGGGUGAGGAUGAUCUAUAGCUUCUUGAGGGUGUGAUGUCUUGUCUGUUUAUGUAAAAACCGGAGGGCAGCUUCUGCUACGAGAAAGAAAUAAUCUGAAUGUAAAUGCUAGUAGGCUGGCUCGCUGUAAAAUUAUAACUGUAUUGUGCGUAUUGGCUAUAAGGUGUAGGAGUCUCUGUACACUGUUAGACUGUUCGUAAUCAUUUUAGCAGUGUGUCAAUUUGGUUUCCUAACGGCUGCUGUGGUAUUAAAGGAAAACUGGGGCAUUUCAUUUUGGAUUUUCUUUUUUUUUUUUUUGGUGAAGUAUUUCCUUAAUUUAAAAACCUACUCACAUUAAGGACACAUAAAGACAUUAUUUGAUUGUAGCUCUAAAUAGCAUAUUGUAUGACAAAAACACUGGAUGGUCAAAAACAAUUAUUUAAGCAUUAAAUAAAUUGUGUUUAACUCUGAAA